GGUUAAAAUAGGAUGUAAGCAAACGUAGAAAGUCUCCGAAGAUGAAACUUGAGCACCAUGUUUGCUAAAUACUCCCAUAAAUAAUGGCACAAAAGAAAGAGUGAACAUUUUCAACUCACUCUCUUUCUCUCUCUCUUUUCUUCUUCUCACUCACUCACUCAUGCCUCACAUUUCUCAUCUUUCUCUCUCUCACUUUCACCCUGAAAUACAGGACUCAUUUUAAUGACUACCCACCAUUUUUGAACCUCUUUUCUCUCUCUAUCUCUCUCACUCCCACUCUUCUUCUUCACACUCCCUUUUCUCUUCAUUGCUUCUGUCACUCUUUACCAAAUCUUCCAAACUAUAAAACCUCUCUUUACCUUAUUAUCACAGUUUCUCAGAUCUGUUCUCACUCCUUCUACAUUUCCUCAUCUUAGUCACAACCCUUUUGUAAAACAUGAGUAAAGAAGAGAUUUUGAAGAUACAGAAAUGUGUUCUCAAAGUGAACAUUCACUGUGACGGUUGCAAGCAGAAAGUUAAGAAAAUCUUGCAGAAGAUUGAUGGGGUUUUUACUACUGAGAUAGAUGCUGAGCAAGGGAAGGUGACCGUUUCUGGGAAUGUGGACCCAAAAGUUCUCAUCAAGAAGCUAACAAAAUCAGGGAAACAUGCAGAGCUUUGGGGUGCUCCAAAGGCAAACAACAACAAUAACCAGAACAAUAACGUUGCAAACCAGAUGAAGAACAUGCAAAUUGACAAUGGGAAAGGUGGAGGAAACAACAAUAACGGUAACAAGGGUCCAAAGGGUGCUGGAAAUAACCAAAAUCCACCGAAGGGUGGUGGUGGUGGCGGCGGUGGAGGUGGUGGCGGAGGUGGUGGUGGUGGUGGUGGACAGAAUCCUCAACUACAACAACUUCAGCAGCAGCAACAGCUUCAACAGCAGUUGCAGCAUCUGCAACAGCUUCAGCAGAUGAAGGGGUUUCAAGAUCUGAAAAUGCCUCAAUUCAAGGACAUGAAUAUGAAGAUGCCGCAAGGUGGUAAUCAGAACCCGAAUAUGAAAGCUGUGAAGUUUAAUUUGCCUGAAGAGGAUGAUUUGUCUGAUGAGUUAGAUGAGUUUGAUGAUGAUGAGUAUACUGAUGAAGAGUUUGAAGAUGAAAUGGAAUGUCAUCCUUUGAAUAAGAUGAAGCUUCCAAUGGGUGGUAACGGUAAUGGUAAUGGUAAUGGUGUUCCGCCUCAUAUGAUGAUGAUGGGUGGUGGAAAUCAUCCACAGCUUAUGAAUGCUCCAAAGGGUGGUGGCGGCGGUGGUGGAGGAAAUCAUCCACAGCUUAUGAAUGCUCCGAAGGGUGGUGGCGGUGGUGGAAAUGGUGGAGGUAAUGGGAAGAAAGGUGGCGGCGGAGGUGGUGGACCUGUGCCUGUUCAAGUUCAUGGCAUGGGUGGUGGAAAUGAUGGUAAAGGUGGAAAGAAAGGUGGUGGUGGCGGCGGCGGUGGAGGAAAUAAUCCAAAUCAAGGUGGAGGUAACAAAAACAAUGGUGGUGGUAAAAAUGGAGGUGGAAUGCCAGAGGGUAAAAAUGGAAACAAGAAUGUUGGUGGAGGCGGAGGUGGUGGUGGUAAUGGUGGAAUUCCAAAUAAUAAUGGGGGCAAAAAGGUAAAUGUAAUGGGAGGAGAAGGUGGUUUUCAAGGUAUGAUGAAUAAUGGAUUUCCUAACAUGGGUGGUGGUGUUGGUCAUCAUCCCAAUGUGGGCCCCAUGGGCAACAACAACAUGAGUGGUAUUCCAAUGGGAGGUGGAGCAAUGGGAAACAACAUGCCAAUGAUGAACCAAAUGGGAGGAGCUAAUAACAUUCCAGCUGUUCAAGGCCUACCUGCCGCCGCUCCCGGCGGUGGAGGAGGAUAUUUCCCAGGUGGCGCCGGUGGUGGUGCUGGUCAGGAAAUGAUGAUGGGUGCAAAUCCUUACCAACAACAGCAAUACAUGGCUGCAAUGAUGAAUCAACAAAGGGCUAUACCUGCCGGCGGAGGAAACGACCGGUUUCAACCGAUGAUGUAUGCCCGGCCACCAAUGGCGGUUAAUUACAUGUAUCCACCACCGUAUAGCUACCCUCCACCACCGCAACAUCCUCAAGAUCCAUAUUCCAAUUUCUUCAACGACGAAAAUACUUCAAGCUGCAGUGUUAUGUGAGAAAUGUGUUCAAAGAUUGUGAUGCUGACAACUUGACAAGUGAAGAUGAACAAGAACAAGAAGUUUAAAUUUUAGUUUGAUUUUCAAUUUUCUUUUUCUUUUCUUUUGUCUUUUUUUUUCUCAUCCAAGUUUUUUAAAAGUUAAAAAACCUGAAGUUUUAAUUACCAUAGGGGAGUUUUUAAUUUAUAGAUUUUAUUAUUAUUAUUAUAUAAUAUAAUAUUUUAUGGAAGAAAGAAUUAUGAGAUGUAAUGGGAUAUGGUCCUCCAUGUGAGAUGUCUAUAUAUGUGUUUAUAUGCUGCAAAAACAGAAAUAAAAUUUCCCAAAAAAAAAUGGGGGAGAAUGGGGUCAACAAAAAACAAAACCUACUCCUAUCUCACUCAUUUCUUUCAACUUUUCAA